UUAAACCCAAAGACGGAGAGACAAAGAAAAAGACGAAACACGCAGCACUUAUUUUCUGCUGCGCUGCGUGUGUAUUUAUAUCCUCCCGAACACCAACCUGUUCUUAAUCUAUGUGUUGACGCACAAAAGCUGAAGCCAUUUGCAGCCUGCAGAGUUGUUCCUUUUUUUUUUUUCCUUUUAUUUGGGGACGCUCUCACAUAUCCUGUCUUGUCCUGAGAAUCACCGAUGCACUCAAAAAUAGAAUGCAACAGAAACAAAAUCAGAAAUAAUUUACUGCAAAAACAAACAAACAAACAAACAAACAAACAAAGAAAACUGUAAUUACAAAGAUGAAGUAGAGUUUGGGCUGCAUAAAACAAGCUCUGUUACACUUGUGUAACUUCAGACGCAACCAGUGCUCCUCUUACUGGUUCUACUGGGAGAACACGGAGUGCCACAGGUGGAUCUUAUUGGUCAGCCGAAGCUUCUGUGCUGUCCAUAAAAACGCACGACGGGAGCUCAGGAGCGGAGACCGAGCGUAAGUAAGGGCGCAGAGCAGCCGCGCCACGGAGCUCACGCCACGGCCGUGUGUCCAGAGAAAACGCGCACCACUUACAGGACUACACGCAGAGGAGCGCAAAAAGAGGACGCCACGCUCUGAAACAAGCUUAGGCUCCUGAGUGAAACCCGCUCCCCUGCUCCUGCCACCAUCUGGUGGGAAAAUGUGGGUUCUGGAUAAGAUCCGUGGCUCGGUGGAGACCAGUGUGCUGCGACAAGGAGACAAUGGUGACAAGAAGGCUGCCGCUGCACCGUACAGCAACGUGCUCACUCCCGACAAGAUCCCAGACUUCUUCAUCCCCCCAAAGCUGGUCAGCUGCCCUCCAGAGCCCCAGGCGCCGAGCAUCAAGCCCAAAGAGGGGCUGCAGCCAUCCACUUCUGAGCAAACCAUCAGCAGCAACAGGAAGAUCAGCAGUCCGAGGAGCCCUCGCCUGGUGACCAAGAUCGCAGGAGAUACAAAGAACUUGCUGAGAGCAGCGAACCGCCACAUCAUCCAGAUAGAAAGUGCGGAUGACGUCGUGGCUGGGGACACCAAUGCAGACCCCCAGUCGCAGACCGCGAUGUCUCUGCCAUACGUUCCCAAGACUCAGACAUCUUACGGCUUCGCGACCCUGAAGGAGAGCCCCCACACUCGACGCAAAGAGUCCCUGUUCCACUGCGAGCUGACCAGUCCCAUCACUUCUCCAAACACCCAGAGGAAGACUCCAGGGAAGGGCAGUGAGACAGGGAACCAUCUGACCCCCGCUGACUGCAACACCUCCCACAUGAACCCCUACCGGUACUUCAGUGGUGGAGAAAGUGACACCUGCUCUUCCGCUGAGUCCUCCCCCUUCAGCUCUCCGUUGCUGUCCCGCUCCGCCUCCCUCCUCAAGAUCUUCACGCACGAGACGCAGGCCAAAGUGGUGAAAGCCAAGCGGACGCUGGCUCGCCACAGCUCCCUGUCGACAGACGAGUGCAGCUCGGCCGAGCCCAGCCCCAACAUCCAGCGGCGGCUCCGCGUCCCAUCCCUUCAUGGCGCUGGAGGGGCAUCCGACCACGGCCUCCAGCGGGAGCACACCAUCAACCUGCACAAGGGCGGCACGGUGAGGAUCAGCGCCAACUACGACUCCGGCACGUCACGCCUGCUCAUCCGGGUGCUGGUGGCUGAGAGUCUGUACGACAAGCACGUCGACAUCAAAAGCAUCAACUGCUGCGUGUCUGUGUACCUGAACCCAGGCAAGCUGCAGAAGCAGAGGAGCAACAUCAUCAAGAACAGCCGCAACCCGGUCUUCAAUGAGGACUUCUUCUUUGACUCCAUCAGCUCUGUUCAGGUGAAGAACCUUUCAGUGAAGUUCAAGGUGGUGAACAAGGGCACCAGCCUGAAGAGGGACACGCUGCUGGGAGAGAGGGAGGUACCGCUAGCAAAGUUGCUCUCAGGACUCUAAAACCACAGCAGAUGGAGUUUAAGCUGAUAACUUGGGAUUUUCAAAGAGCAGUUCUGAUAAAGUUUACAAGCAGUUACCAUGUGACCUACUGUAGAUGACUCUCUAGGCAUCUUGCUUUAGUUUAAAUCCAGAUCAGUUGGUCAUCGUGGCUGAAGCUGUCGCUAGUCUGAAAUUAGCGACCAAAGUGUAUUCCUACAGUCUUGAAACAACUCAGAUCUCAAAAAACAAAAUUGUGGUUUAUGAAAAGUUGAUUUUAAUUAGUCAUCUGUGAUUAUUUACAUUUUACACAGGAAGAGGAGCCAGCCCAUCUGCAAUGAUAUUCCUAUGUGAAACAUAAGAAGAGAGAAAAACACAAAAACUGUGAUCCAUUUCCUUAAUUUGUCUUGUUUUUCCAUCACGUUAAAAGCUCCAAUGUUCUGGUACCGUUUUGUGUAGGUCCUCUGCUGACCCGGUUCUGUAAAAGCUGGUUCUGACCUGAAACCUGCUUGGCCCUGGUUAGACCAGCUGUUAGCUUCAGGCUCUGGGACCAACAAACUUGGAUUUAUAAUAAAUAAAGAUGCCAAGAGUUAUUAACUGCAAGUAAGCUAUUAACCGCUUGUAACCUUCCCACAGAACCUCUUCUGACUUGAAACUGUACUUUGGUGUUUGCACUGUUUUGUCCAUCACUCACUGACUUUAAUCUAUGAAGAAGAAACGUUUUCACCGUAAGCUCAGAGAGCGACCUCCCUGGUGUUCACGAAUAGAGGAUUUAAUCCACUUCUUCUCCUAAAAAUGGAUUCUCACCGAACCAAACUGAACCCAACAGCACCAGAUGAAUGUGGCAGAUGAAAGCUCUCCAUUCUGAGCACGUCUCCCGGCUGAAUGUCCAGAGCCAGACUCUCCUGACUCAAAGGUUGGACAGCACCUGUGAGUCAGGCCGUCUCCUGUCCUCCAGCGCCAACGUCCUCGUUGUGGUUUUAUUAUUGUAAUGUGUGACUAAAAUCCGCGGCAGCGCAGGAUUUUUUACAUCAGCUCCACCAUCUGCCGGCACAGAGAUGCUUUUGUGAAUGAGUGCGCGCUUUGAAGUGGUCCUAGAUCCUGAUGUGCAAAUGAUCCUUUGAUCUGCACCGCGAAGGCAAGGAGCGAAAAGAGUGCCCACAUUUACAUGCACAUCAAAAAUGGAAUUACAAUAUGAUUGAUUAAGCAAAGGACUGCAAUGAUCUGAUUAAACUUGAUUAAAACACUCAAAAUUAGAAAUGUUACACAACAAUCAAUACUUCUUCUUCAUCGGUAUCGCACCAUCGCAGUUUUGCUUUCGCAGACUCGAUCCGACCAAGGCAGACCUGCUUUUAACCAUGUUGCAUUUGUACGGUAAUUUAUGUAGCACCCUGUUACUGCACUCGGUUUCUGCUUCAAAUUUCAUUCGUUAGCUGUCAGCUUGAGUACAAAUAUUUGGGGGAUUAAAAUCUCACUCAGAAAUAUUAAAAUCCAUUACCUCAACACACCUAAUUUGUCCAAUAUCAAUACAUUAUAAAGUUAGAGCUUCGUUUAACCUGUCGCCACAUUUGCUGUAGUUUCACUUUCUGUGAGUAUCUUUAAAUCUACUGAUUAGAAAUCAUACAUUUCCAAGAACAGUGAAGAACACAUUUUGGGAGGAAAAUUUUCAGCUGUCUUUAAAACCCUCGCUUCAGAAUAAUUAGUUUUCUCUCUAAAAGUGGUUAUGAUAAUAUAAAGAUGCCUGUUUAAAAUCACAAAAUAGUUCUUGCUUGGGAGGCUCCCAAUAAAGUUUUACUAGAAUAUAUUUUGACAAACUGAAAAUUCACUAUGUAAAAAGAUAUGAAGUAAAAUGCGGGCACCAGUAAUUCUAAAUCAAUUAAUUCAAGAUUAUUUCAUAAAUGUGCAGUUAUCUUAUUUAUCUGAUUUUCAACAUUGUGAAAAGAAAUGAUAAAAAAAAUCUAAAUCUAUGUUAUAACUUAACUAGAUAAAGAAGAAGAUUCAAACAUCAAGGCGGUCAGGAAUAUGUCAUGAAAAGACAAUAGAUUUUUCAGAUCUAUUGUAAAAUCUAUUGUCUAGAUCUCUGCAAGCCACAGAUCAAGCCUGGGUGCCUGAUAUCCAGGCUUCUGCUGAAAAACAUGCCUACAUAUCAGAAGUUUAUGUUGUAAACAGAAUUUCCUCAAAUAAGGUCGUUGUCAAACCACACGUCAUAUUCUGAGAUUAUGUUUUAGGGCAGAUUUAGAAAGGUUUUGCAAUAAAUGCGUCUCUUUUGAUGCUGAGUUAGUGGAGAACUAGACAGGACUGUGAAAGGAAAACAAAGAGACGCAUUGAGAGCCUGGAUUAAACUUGAAUCUGUUUUGAGGAAUAAUAAUAUUAUUAAGCCUUUGUAUAUUGGAUAGCAGAUAAGCUCAAAACUCUAAACAUUACUAUGUGUAAAUAUAGUUUUCACUGGUGUCCCUUGUAAGGCUGCAUCCAUAGCUCAGCAUAAACUGUCUUCAAUUUUUUUCUACAGUUAAAUUUUGUAACUACAGAACUAUUUUAAACAAUAUUUCCUUACAUGAACACACAUUAACCCUUAAAGAAAGCAAGUGAUACAUGCCUGUGCAAAAAACAAAAAAAAAAACCCACAACCACACAUUUCUAUUGGGUCAGGAGACAUUUUUGAGAGUAAGGGUUGGCAAUACAAAAAAAAAUUUCAGUUUUACAGAAACUACCUGUAAAAAUAAAAAUGCUGUGAGUGAAACAUAAGAUAGGAUUUAUGCCCAAUAACAUCCCUGACCAAAUGUAUCCCAUUGUUUGAAAUAUUGCAAAGUUGUAUCAAGGACAGAUGAUACAAUUUGACCCUAAAGCAUAUAUUCAGGUUUAAAAUGUAAACAAAAAGACUACCACUCAGGUAAAGUGCACUCUAGUGAUAUAAAGGCUAGUUUGAAGGAAGAGGGAAAAAAAAAUCAAACUGAUGCAUUUAUGCGAGAGCAUAAAACAGCAAUAGGAUCAGCAGCAAGAUGCAUCAUGAUCUUGCUGCUUUGGAGGAUUUCACUUGAGUUAAACUCAAGCCCUGCAACUCCAGUGGUUUGUUCAAAUCCAGCAUUAGAAUCAGAAACUAUUUUAUUCAGAUUCAAACAGCUUCUGGCAACCUCCAAGGAAAAACAAAACAAACCGUUGGACGGUCUGAUUAGGAUUUUAUAAUGUGUGGGUGAAGGUCUUGGACAAACAACAGAUUAGUGUUUGCAGUAAUAAAUGUAACAUAUCUAUUUGUUUGAUGAAGCUUGUUUAGCCUCAUGACUGAUUUUCCAGCUGCAGCUGCCCAGUGUGGGCAACAACCUGAUUAAAUCUUGUGCAACCAAGCAACAGGCACUCACUAAAUUGGUACAUGACUAUUAUCAUCCUGAUACCUUACUGGGCUCUCAUAUCAGCUUAAACGCUCUUAAAUGGUCAAUUUUUCUCCACUUUAAUCAAGCUUGUUAAAUUAGCACAUGUUCGGUAAAACUUAAGCACAUUUUGAGUGAUGUUGUUGGCAGGAGGACAAAAGACAAGUUCGUUAAACUCAUUAAACCCUGUAAAAAAAUUAUUAUUAUUUUUUUAAGUCAGCCGUCGACGUAUGCAACCAGUCUUUAGCCGUAGUGCCUCUGUAUUAGCAGUGUGCAUGUAAAUGUGUUACUUUUUUAAAUAUAUGAGCUUAGAGCAUUGGCAUCAGUGCGUACCAGCUGCAUGGUAUCAACAUGUUACUGGUGUUUGCAUGACUUGCUCAAAGUUUUCUGAAACCCUAAAGCCUUACUCUGUGUGUGUGUGUGUGUGUGUGUGUGUGCGUGUGUGUGUGCGUGUGUGUGUGUGUGUGUGUGUGUGUGUGUGUGUGUGUGAAAGAGAGAUGGUGAGAAAGUUUGGAUGUGUGUUUGAGCCGCAUGAUUUUGUCCAGAGUUGUUCACUUUCUAUCUAUAAAGUGGAGUAUUUUUUAUUUUGUAAAAUGUUUUUUGAAACUUGCCGUAUGUUGGAUUUGCACUGUAUUUUACCUACUCGCUGUAAACAGGAGUUAACGUUUGUCGAAUGACUUAAUUAUGCACCAGCUAGCAAGUGCUGACGAGCAAAAUCCGAGCUUCAGCUUUAACGAAGCCCGUCGGCGAGGGAGAGAAAACAACAGACGACGCGGACAGCAAAGCGGCACAGAAAGCAGCAUGACUCUGUGCUCAAACGUGAACGGCAGUCCGCUCCUUUUCUGUGGCGCCUCUGAAGGAAUUGCAAAUGAUUGCAGCAGCUCCGAGUGGGAGAGAGAGAGAGAGAAAAGGAGCGACGCUUCUGUUAAAGACUUUUCCUCCACACGGCGUGUGCCGCCCACCUGUAGCUCCCCUGUUGAUGUGCUCUAUAUUACUUCGCUUACAGUGACGCUGUUGGCCGUUCUCUGAUGGAGUAGAUCUGGUGAAAUGUUGUAAUUUCUGCUGCCUUCUUUGUGUUGAGCUGCUCGUAGUCUUGCUGUACUUUGGAUUCAAGCUCCCGGUAAAACCAAACUGUAUCUCUGAGGUUUCUUCUAGCAUGGCUGAACUUUCUCAGAUGUGGCUGUGGCUCAAUUUUAAAAAUUUUUUUUAAAAUCGUGCUUUUGUAUAUUGAGGUAAAACUUUGCUUCAGUCACAAAGAGUGAUUCUUAUAGUAAUGCACAUGAUAGCUGUGAUUUGCUGAUAGUUUGAUAGUGUCUUUCUCUGUUUAAAGCUGUACAGUAGUGCUCUGCAGUUUUCAAUCCCUGUUGCUAUUAAUGACCCACUGUACAUGAAAGCGACUUUAAAAGAAAAAAUGAAAGUUUAUAGGCAUUGAAAGCGUAAGCCUAGAAAUAGAUACAACAUUUAUUGCACCAGCACAGUCUGAAACAGAAAAAUGUUGAAAUAUCCAAACUUUCACUUGGGCGUUCACUCAAUAAUGAAAGUGAUAUGUUAGUAAAUAAUUGAUCUCUUCAAAAAAUGUACAUCAUUUUUAAUGUACACUUCAUUUAAUCAGCCUUUUAUUUAUUUUUAACCAGGAUUUUGUAACUUUCUAAUUGGCUGUUUAUUUGCAGUGUUAAAAUUACUUGAAACAGGGGCCUGUUUCUUUAAGACACUCUUCAAAAUGGGAAAGACAAGAGCGCAUGCCAUUCUUAAACACCCACACUGACAGCCACACCUAUAGUUCAAAAGCUUCAAACAAGAGGAGCAAAACUCUAGUUUUGGAGGCUUUAAACAUGGCGGCCAACAUGGCAAGGUUAAUUAAUUUUCCUUGUCAAGUUUUACAAAAUUUGUUUCAAACCCAUUUUUUACUGAAUGCAGUUGUUACAGAUCAUUUCCUCCCUGUAAUAAAAGUUAUAUUUAACAGAUGGUUCUGCUCAUGAUCAGGUUGAGGUGCAACUUGUUAGCAAACUAAAGUUUUACAACAAUCAGUGUUUGUUGGGGAACAAACAUCAGACUAACUAACUAUACUGUCAAAAUAGUAUUCUACACGGAGGUUCAGGUCUUUAUAUUUUUUAUCAUAUUAGCAAAUAAUGAAAUGGCUGCAUUUAUUUUGGAGUUCAGCUGCCACAUUUUUAGGAAGUAGAAUGAUAAUAAUGAGAUAAAUAAUCAUAUGAAGUCUAAACUUUAAUACAUGAUUAAUUUUAGGCUACCUUUUGAAUAUUUUAUUAAACCACCUAUUUUUACUGAUAAUGGUUCUGACCCCAAUUGAACAAAUUGACUCCUGUGAAACAUUUGUAAAUUACAAUCUUUAAUAAUCACAAUUUCAGUACGGGCGAUCUCAUGUUGGUCGCACAUGUUGACAGAUAUUCACGCAAUUUUUUUCUACAAUAUCAGUAAAAAAUACAGAUUGGGAAACUGAAAUACCAAGGUUUAACGCUACUUGAUGCGCUAUUGGCUGGUGUUUUCAAAGCAGCCAAUCCUGGAAUCCUGGAGUGCCAUUUGUUUUCCUUAUUUCCACAAAGAAGGAAGACUGUAGAUGUUAGCUUUUGUGGUACUGAAAAGACAGCUUUGACUGAAACUGGCAAAUAUAAGCGGAAAAUUCUUAUAAACUGUGUUCCCAAACCCCUGUGAAUGCCUGGAGUCCACAUACCUUAAAGCAAACAAAAAUACAUAAUAGAAAAAAAAAACUUAAAAUCCUCAGACUGGUACAAAUUGGUGCCUGGUUGGAGGAAAGAGUCCAGGCUUCUUUCUGAACAGAAAGUUUUUGAGAAAGGAAACUAAAACAGCAGAUUUUAAAUGUUGACAUGACCAGCAAGCAAGGCCCUUCACUGCCAUUGCAGAGACAAUUAAGUUACAAUGUCAAACACCUAUUUAGUCUUUUACUAAAGAAAGUAAAAGACUGAUGGGAUUGUCUUCUGCCAACUUUUUACCUUUUACAGCAAGUUUGCUCCGAGGUCUUGAUGAACAUCAGACACGGUGAAAGCAAAGCAAAAGUUGCAGCUUUACAUUUCUCACUGAGUUUUGAAACAAAAAGAACAUUGUGUCCUCCUGCGAUCACAUUGUUCUGCACCAGAGGUUAAAGUUUGACAUGCAGAAAACUCUCAGGCAACACGGAGGGUUUGAGUCACGAGUCACUGAUGAAGUUGUCGAAAGGUGGAGUUGAAGUAAACCUGCAGAACCACAUGAGUUAGUUCUCCACUCAGUUUCCCCUCGGUCAGCAGAGUUCACAGCUCUUCUGUCUGAGUCCCUUCUGCAACUUUAUUCCAUGUUUUAAUUAUUUGGCGCUUAUCUUAAACACCAAAGAGAGUUUAGUAUUAAGGAAACUGAAAACAUUCAUCUGCUUUAAACUCAAACCUGAAUCUACAGAGGAAUUAUCAGCAUUAACUUUCCCUUAAUGGCCAUCCUGCUGCUGUGGCUCAAAUCUGUCCAUUCAGCAGAUUUCUAACUAGAUAAAGGGCAAAGAGGCUCUGCUGAUGGCAGUUUAAAUAAGAAACCCUUCAAUAUCCGUGUAUGUGUGUUUUACUGACGGUGACUUUGUUUCCUUUUGGCUUGUUGAGAUUUAGUUUUCAAUGAAACUGUAAAUGUGGUGAUGUUUUUAUCCCCCCUGUCUCGAGAAGUUUGCUCUGACAGAUGAAGCUGAAAAAGUGCCAAUCCUAUACUUGACUCUUGAUCCUUAACUUUUCUUUAAACGUUGUGUUAGUAGUUACUGUGGUGUUUCUGAUCUGUGUGGUUAAUUACGUUCACACUGUGACGUUAACGACAACUGACAGCUGUUCUCUCUCUGUGUGUGUUAAUGGGUUGGAGAUACUUUCAAUAAAAAGUCACUGCAAUCA